UGACUAGUCGACUAUCAAAGUAAUUGUUUGUGGCAGCCCUAUUUACAAGUGCAUUACAUAUUGCAUUAAAACAAAAAUUGCCCAAAAAUAUGAACUUUUUUUAGGACUGCUGUUAGUUUACGAGACAGUGUUCAUUGGGGCAGAUGGGUGCCCCUCCCUGAACUGGGAUCUGCUGGAGGUUUCUUCCUGCUAAAAGGGUUUUUUUUCUUCCCCACGGUCGCCAAAGUGGUUGCUCACAGUGGAUUGUUUCAUUGUUAUGGGUUUCUCAGUAUUAUUGUAGGCUCUUUAUGUUACAAAAUAAAGUGCUUUGAGGCAGCUGUUGUUGUGAUUUGGUGCUAUAUAAAUAAAAUUGAAUUGAAUUAUUCAGACUGCUACAAUGUUUGAAGUUUUCUUUUUUUUUCUCCAUAGUUAACAAGUACAAUGAAAGCACAGAAUCCAACAGCGUAUCAGUCCAUCUUUAAAUAGUCACUGACUACACUGCCCUGUCUGUAACUUUCCACUCCAAGCUUACCACUUUCCCCUUAUACACAUUUCUCAGAGCACAAUAUAAAGCCUUUAUAAAUAUAUAAAGCCAAAUGAUCUUUGUUGCUUUGAUGAGAAUAUCUACCAUUUUACUGGGGACUAUUUUGAGUGAGGGAUUAAUGCAUCUUUGUGACAACACGAUGGGGUAUGUGUGAUUAAGUCAGAAUAACUACUCUCUGUGUGUGUGUGUGUGUGUGUGUGUGUGUGUGUUCAUCGUAAUUAAUGAACUUGUCACCCAGUGCAACAUUAUGGCUCACUAAUGUAUUUUUAAUAGUUUUUGGAUGGUAGUGGAGGUCUGUUACACAGAGAAAUAAGAUAUGCAUGCACAAUAUUUAAGUAUAAAAAGAGACAUUUAGAAUAUUACCAGAAGUUUGAGAGGUGGAAAACAAAUCUAUGAAUUAAAAAGGACAUUACUGAAAAACUCUAAAUAUUUCUGUAAUGUAUUUGAAGUGUGCGGCUUACGCAAAACUAAGUAAACAGCAUCCUCUACAGCAGCUUCUGAAUCCGAAGCGACCAUACCACGUGUGUUAUUAUUUCAUUCCAGGUUACCCUUCCUUGUCUCAGACAUGUCUGUGAGCCACACUGCAGAUACACCAACAGUCAUAUGGCUGAUUGCAGUGUAAAUUUGAUUUGUGGUGCGUGACUGAGGUUAACGCGGCUCAAUGUCGUUUUGUUUGUUCUGGACAUUUCACCCGGAGCAAAACUUACUUCGUCUUUCUGUCACUGGGAGGCCCGGUCUUGCAUUUCAGCUGGACUUGAACGGACUUCAUUGUGUGAAUGAAUACAUGUGAUUCCAGAUAAGCGUCACCCCCACCCCUCCCCUCCUUCCCUCUCCCUUCCAGGGGUGAACGUGCGUGUCCUGGUGUCGCUCUAGCUCAGUUCCAGCUGAUUACAGCAUGAGUUAUGACAGCAUGGGCACUGCUGCUGUUGGCAUCAGACAGGCAGCUGGUCCUCACCUCCAUCCCCCACCCAGCAGCACAGGGCCACCAUCAUCAGCUUUACUUGUCAGGGAUUGAAGCCAGCCUUUAUAUCAGGGUGAUCAUGGGAGGCUGUUGACAUCUGAUCUCCCCGUUAGCUCAGAGGACGCUAGAGUAGCUCGAAAACACCGCCGGGUGUGCAGUCACUGGUCCAAACAUGGCUGCCCAUCGAAUCAGAGCCACGACGAACAACAACGCUUCCCUGCCUCGCUGCAAAUCAGAGGGAACGCUCAUCGAUCUCACCGAAGGAGUGUCAGAAGCCAGUCUCACCGAUGUCAAAGUGCCUUCUCCCAGUGCCUUACGACUGGACACAACUGCCUCCUUUGGCACUGCCAGGGAGGUUGUUGCCAUUAAGGACUACUGCCCGUCUAGCUUCACCACCCUGAAGUUCUCUAAAGGAGAUCGCCUCUAUGUUCUGGACUCGUCAGGAGGAGAGUGGUGGUAUGCCCACAAUAACAAAGAGAUGGGUUACAUUCCUGCAGCAUAUGUGGAGCCCAUUAACUACAGAGACUCGUCCUUCAGCGACAGUGGGAUGAUUGACACUGUGGGAGACUGUAAUGAGGAGGCAGCCAAAGAAAUGGACCUUCUAGGCGAGUGGGCAGGAGUGAUUCUUAAACCAACCACCUUCCAAAAUGGAAAUCCUUUUGCAACUAACCAUACCUCUACAAAUCCCUUUCUAAACGGGGGUCCCCAGAGCUCACUUGAUCAAAACAGUAAUGAAAAAUCAGUUGAUCUUCUUCUGUUUGAUACCGUCACUCCAUCGUUGCCCAAGUCCACCAGCAGCACUGCUGACAUUAAUGGUUUUGGCAGCGGUGUUAUCAGUUUGAACCCUGUAAGUCCUGUGGGGGUCGGUCAGGUUAUGCGCAGAGACAACCCGUUUUUUAGAAGCAAACGUUCCUACAGUCUGUCGGAGUUAUCCAUCCUGCAGGCACAGUCCGAUGCUCCUCAGGCCUCUGCUAGUUUCUUUGGAGGCCUUAAAGCACCAGCACCAGAGCAGUUUCAGAGCAGGGAGGAUUUCCGGACUGCAUGGCUUACACACCGCAAGUUGGCCAGGUCCUGCCAUGAUUUGGAUUCCCUUGGCCAGAACCCAGGCUGGGGCCAAACGCAGCCGGUGGAGACUAACAUCGUAUGUCGACUAGACAGCUCAGGUGGAGCUGUCCAGCUUCCGGAAACCAGCAUCAGCAUCCAUGUACCAGAGGGCCAUGUCGCCCCUGGGGAUACACAGCAGAUCUCAAUUAAAGCUUUGCUAGACCCGCCGCUAGAGCUCAACAGUGACCGCUGUACCACUGUCAGCCCUGUGGUGGAGAUUAAACUCAGCAACAUGGAAACCAAAACCACUGUUACCCUGGAGAUGAAAGUGUCUGUUGUGGUAAAAAUGGAGAGCAGGCAGACUACUGAAGUCUUGUGUGUACGAAGUGAUUGUAAAGAGGGACCUUACACUCCUGUUCCUCAGGCAUACAUGUAUGGAGACACAGUCCAGGUGUGCCUGGAUAACCUUGAGCCAUGUAUGUACGUGUGUGUCGUGGCUCAGGCUCAAUCCUUAUCUCCAAAUUCCACAGUUUGGGAGCAUGUGGUUAAGAAGAUAACUUUGGGAGUGUAUGGUCCCAAACACAUCCAUCCAUCCUUCAAAACAGUGGUGGCUAUGUUCGGCCAUGAUUGUGCGCCAAAGACACUGUUGGUGAGUGAGGUUGGCAAGCAGGCCCAGUCUGCACCACCAGUUGCUCUCCAGCUCUGGGGCAAACACCAGUUUAUCCUGUCACGACCGCAGGACCUUCGUGUAGGAGUUUAUUCCAACAUGGCCAAUUAUGAGGUAAAGGCUAGUGAGCAGGCCAGGGUAGUUCGAGGAUUCCAAGUUAAGCUAGGCAAAGUCAGCAGGCUUGUCUAUGUCAUUGCAUCACGCGCAGACGAUGUGUCGGAUUUCACCCUAAGAAUCCAGGUCAAAGAUGACCAAGAUUGUAUACUGGCCCAGUUUUGUGUCCAGACACCAACACCGCCACCCAAAGCAGGCCCAAAGACAUCAGCGCAACGGCGAUUCCUGAAGAAGAAGGAAGUUGGUAAGAUUGUCUUGUCUCCUCUUGCCAUUGCCACUAAGUAUCCUGUUUUUCAGGACAGGAGAAUAAACAACCUGAAGUUUGGAAAGUUAAUCAAAACUGUCAUACGACAAACAAAAAAUCAGUACUUGCUUGAAUAUAGGAAAGGAGAUUUUGUAGCUCUGUUAAGUGAGGAGAAGAUCAAGCUGAAGGGCCAGUUGUGGACAAAAGAAUGGUACAUUGGAUAUUAUCAGGGCAGAAUGGGACUUGUUCAUUGUAAGAAUGUGCUGGUGGUCGGCAAAGUUAAGCCAAUUUACUUCACUGGGCCUGACCUCACAACCUCAUUGUUACUUGAGCAGAUACUGAAGCCCUGCAAGUUCCUCACAUAUAUUUACGCCUCUGUAAGAACUAUAUUGAUGGAGAACAUUGGCAACUGGCGAGCAUUCGCAGAUGCACUUGGAUAUGUCAACCUACCCUUAACGCAUUUUUGCCGCGCUGAGCUGGACAGCGAACCAGAGAGGGUUGCAUCAGUGUUGGAGAGGCUGAAGGAAGACUGCAACAAUGCCGAGAGCAAAGAGAGGAAGUCCUUCCAGAAAGAACUCCUGACAGCCCUGUUGAAGAUGGACUGUCAGGGUCUUGUAGCCCGACUGGUGAUGGACUUUGUCCUGCUCACCACUGCCGUGGAGGUAGCCGGCCGCUGGAGGGAGAUGGCCGAGAGGCUCGUCAAGAUUUCGCGCCAACAAAUGGAUGCUUACGAGGCACCACACCGUGACAAGAACGGGGUGGUGGACAGCGAGGCCAUGUGGAAGCCGGCAUACGACUUCCUGGUCACGUGGGCAGCUCAGAUUGGCGAUAGCUACAGGGAUGUGAUCCAAGAGCUUCACAUGGGCCUGGACAAGAUGAAGAACCCCAUCACCAAACGCUGGAAGCACCUGACCGGCACGCUCAUCCUGGUCAACUGCUUGGAUGUCCUGCGGAGCUCCGCCUUCAGCCCCUCUGCUCAGGAUGACUAUGCCAUCUGAACCCAAGCAUUGCCCCACACCAGCACACCUUGCUCUUCAGGAGCAAUUUUUUUUUUUUUGAAAUUGCAACGUUUGAAAUGCUGCAUAUCAGCUGUUUGCUCACUCUGAAUGCCACUACUGCUGUCGUUCCUGCAGCGUUGCCUUCAGCUCUUCGUGCCCAGGGCAACAUCACCAGACAGGCCCCACGUCCCCAGCAAACAAUACAGUGCUCUAUGGAGCUUGCAGUAUUCACAGAGACUCUUUUAAUAGCUUCAGUCUUGCACAGUUAUGUAUUUUUGUACUCUUAUUAUGGCACAGCAGUUUUUUAAGCAACCAUUUGGUUAAGAUCUGUGGAUUGAAUGCCAAGACCGACAUUUUUAUUAAGAAAAGACAUUUUUAGAUAUUGUAUCCUCGUAUCCUCACGUGUCAGAUCUGUUCUAUUUAUUUAUACAUUAAGAAGAAGAAGCAUCACCUUUGGUCUGUCUUCAGCUUCUCCCACACUGCAGUCCUUCAAAUUUCAGUGAUCCAAAUAUUUUGGUGUCCUCUAUUUUCGAAGAUCUGAGACUGAAGAUUGUACACUCAGUUUUACACUGAAACGCGCAGUGUUUUUGUAGAACAUGAAUCAAUGGAUUUAUUAGAUUUAAACUGAUAAUUUAGUUUCAGCAAAAUUUAAAACUCUUGUGUCAGUUUUAAAUCAUCUUAUGAGUUUUGGCCUCCUAAAAAAUGUUAUAUUGUUUUCUGAUUAAAUUUAUUGUAACAAACUUGACCUUCUAAACAUCAAUUGAUAAAUCACCCUCGACCUGAGCCAUACUCACUUUGUUCUAGUUCACUCAACUUGUCCCAACCUUUCCAAAACUCAGAAUGUCAGACAUGGACAUCCACAGUCCAUGUUUGACUUAGAAUGCACUCCCGUUAGGCAAUUUGAGCAUGCUUAACCCGCCACAGUCCAGUUUGUGUGAGGAGUGUGAAUGCAUCGUGCCCGCCUGUGGGAGAGAAAGGUCUCUCAAAGAGUCCUGAAUUAAAAUCUGUGCAAAAAUUGUGCAGCAGACAAGAUGGUAGUAGAAGUCAAACUGUGGCGGGCUGUUUAAAACAUUAUUUUCGGACAGAAUCAGACAGAAUCAUUUUUUAAAUCAAGUGGGUAGUGUAGUGUUUAUUCCCUGCAGAUCAUUGAAAUCUAAGUUAAUUUAGAUAAUCCACUCAAAUCUUAUGGAUCACCACAGCAGGUCUUUUGCCUCUAUCUCACCCAAAUAAGUGCCUGGAGGCAUUUCAAAUGAAUUGUUAAGUUAUGAGACUCUCUUUUAAAGGAACUUUGACAGGAUGCAUGUGACUUGCAUCUGAAAAUCUCUGUUUCAGAGUGGACCUCAUUUAAUUUCAAGUAGCAUUUCGUGAGUUCAUACAUGGCCUUUCUGCAGCCCCUCAGUUCCUCCUCUGUCUGAAACAAGCUACUUUUGCUCUCUGUUCACCUCUUUAAGCCAACUUUCCUCUGAUUGGCUGCCCCUCGCAAAGAAAGCAUGAACAGCAGAUAGGUGGAGCUUCUAUCCUCAUAGCCUGAGAUGUGAGCAUAUGACAUUAAAAAAGCACCAAAAGUAAAAAUAAAAUGUCUGAAAGAGUAUUUAGAGUAGCAUGACGCCUGAGCUUUUGACACACAGGGAUCCCUUCUACAUAUGCUGACCUCAUUAUCUGAAACCUUGGCCGUGUUCAUUGUUAGUAACGACCACUUUCAAAGGGAAUAGUAUAAUUGGUUCACCUUAAAAAACUGCUAGGUUUGUGAGAGCAAACUUUGUAACUUUGCUCCAGAAUGACUCAAAACAGAAUAGAUUUAAUGAGCUGCAUUGCAUUGUGCUUUGGGAGAGUGCUUUUGUUCUACUAAACGGUAGUAUCAUGAUGAAGUAUGUGGUUCUGCAAGUGGGGUUUAGAUGCUAAUUUUAUUUCAGGAUAAAGUAAAGUUGAGGAGAAGAGCACUGGCGAAAUUAUGGGGAGAAAAGUGAAGCAUGUUUAGCCCUAAAAGCACAAAGUAGAGAGAUGGAAGGGAGACAGUGGAGAUGGGGCAUGAUUCACUGUGUCCUGCGUAAUGCGGACCUUAAACUGACUGGCUGAAAUAUGGGUCACAGUAAACUAAACAAUCAAGAACACUGACUGAGUGUUAGGAUUGGUCCAUCAAGGAUUUAUGUCUUGAUUAACGAUUACCUUGAGCCUGUACCUCCAUAUAGUAACCAAACUCGCACCUCGUAGUUCUGAACUCUCUCAUCUUUGUUAUGCAAAAUCUGUUUUUUUUUUCUUUCUGUGUUUUUUAUAAAGCUUGCCAAAAAUAAGUAGAGCUCUACACAAAUAACCAUGUACAAUGUUGAGACCACUGUUGUAAUGACACUGUCUAUCAAAGCUUCUCUAGCUUUCGUCCCAGUGCUGCAUACUGUAUAAUGUGCUAGUGACACAGCCAGUGUUGAGUUGAAAACCUUUUUUGUGACUGCAUACUUUUACGGAAGAGACUCUAAAUAAAAUGUAAAUAUUUGUA